AUGCUAAAAGUCGUGCUGCUUUGUGUUCUGGCUACCGUUGUGGUUGGCGCUUCUAAUCGGCGACUUAAUCCAAGAUGUGGGCUUCCAUCGUUCACAAGUCGUUUGCCUUCGGAUGCUCAGGAGAAAAUAGAGAAAAUCUGGGAAAGCUAUAAGGACGGUAAAGAAUGUGACAAGGAGCAUAAAGCGACCAAGACAAUCGUGAGUUGGUGUUCUCUUUGCGCAAUACGUCCAAAGGGACCAGCUUUCCUAAUAGGCGCUUCGGACGAAGUUCGCGCACAGUUCGACAACCUGUGGAAGGACCAUUCGAUUCCAAGAGAGGAAAAGCCGGAAAAAUUCAAAGAACUAGCAGAGAAGAAUUUGGUUUUGGAAAUCUCUGAGAGCGGACAAUACCGUUCCAUUCAGGUCGAACAACUGACGCCAGAAGCUCGUGCCGCACAUGAAAAACUGACAAAGCUCCGUGAGGAAAGGCACAAGGUAAGAACGGUUGCUGUGGGCGUUUCUGAUUGUGAGUACAGUUAG